ACAUGGCGACGGACUGGUGCGGACCAGGGCUCACGGUAACUUUACUCCUCUUUUCGUGUGUUUUCUCGGGCAGCGAGGCCGCGGCGGUGACUCCGGAGCCGAGAGGGGUCACCCGGAUCCUCGGCUGGAGGCUGGAGAGCAGCGACAAGCCGGCCGGGACCACGAAGGAUGGGGAUAUCCAGGUGACCGAGGGCAGCGACAUCCGCUUCAGGUUCUACGGGCUCCACUUGUUCCCCAACAGCUCGGCGCUCAUCAGGUUCAUGGAGCUCGGCUCCAGCGAAACGGAGGAGGAAAUCCCUGGAGCUAACACGCCCUCCCCCAAUAGAACUUGUCCCGAACACACGAAGGAUAUAGUAGUGAAGGGGGGCAUGAAGUUCUGCAACCAGAGCAGCUCCGGGGUGGUCAGCGUCCAGAUCAAGCAGCUCCGCAAGAGCGAGAUGGUGAAGCUGUUCGCCCUGUGCGUCCGCGACCCGCAGGAGGACGACUGGUACCUGCUGGACGAACGGGACGGCCGCCUGCGGGUGGUGGAGGUGAAGAAGUCCCUGCUGCCCAUCUGGCUGCAGGUCAUCAUCAUCGCGUUCCUGCUGGUGCUGUCCGGCAUGUUCAGCGGGCUCAACCUGGGGCUGAUGGCGCUGGACCCGAUGGAGCUCCGCAUCGUGCAGAGCUGCGGCACCGAGAAGGAGAAGAAGUACGCGCGGAAGAUCGAGCCCAUCCGCAGGAAGGGCAACUACCUGCUGUGCUCGCUGCUGCUCGGAAACGUCCUGGUCAACACCACCCUCACCAUCCUCCUGGACGACCUCACCAACUCCGGGAUCGGCGCCGUGAUCGCCUCCACCGUCGGCAUCGUCGUCUUCGGGGAGAUCAUUCCCCAGGCGCUGUGCUCUCGGCACGGCCUGGCGGUCGGGGCGAACACCAUCAUGGUCACCAAGUUGUUCAUGCUCUUGACUUUCCCGCUGUCGUGGCCCAUCAGCAAGCUCCUCGACUGCGUCCUCGGCCAGGAGAUCGGCACCGUGUACAACCGGGAGAAGCUGGUGGGGAUGCUGAAGGUCACCGAGCCCUACAACGACCUGGUGAAGGAGGAGCUCAACAUGAUCCAGGGCGCCUUGGAGCUCCGGACCAAGACGGUGGAGGAUGUCAUGACGCCGAUCGGCAACUGCUUCAUGAUCCACAGCGACACCGUGUUGGACUUCAACACCAUGUCCGAGAUCAUGGAGAGCGGCUACACGAGGAUCCCCGUGUACGAGGACGAGCGCUCCAACAUCAUGGACGUCCUGUUCGUCAAGGACCUGGCCUUCGUGGACCCGGACGACUGCACCACCCUGAAGACCAUCACCAAGUUCUACAACCACCCGGUCCACUUUGUCUUCCACGACACCAAGCUGGACUCCAUGCUGGAGGAGUUCAAGAAAGGAAAGUCCCACCUGGCCAUUGUGCAGAAGGUGAACAACGAGGGGGAGGGAGAUCCCUUCUACGAGGUGUGCGGCCUAGUCACCCUGGAGGACGUGAUCGAGGAGAUAAUCAAAUCAGAGAUUCUGGACGAGUCGGACCUUUACACUGAUAACCGCACCAGGAAAAAGGUGGCGCCCAAUAAGAAUAAGCGAGACUUUUCUGCCUUCAAGCACGAGAAUGAGUCGAAGGUGAAGAUCUCUCCUCAGCUGCUGCUCGCUGCUCAUCGCUUCCUGGCUACAGAGGUGACCCUGUUCAGCCCGGCGCAGAUCUCCGACAAGGUGCUGCUGAGGAUCCUGCGGCACCCCGAGGUGAUCCAGGAGAUCAAGUUUAACGACAGCGACAAGCGCUCGCUCAGUCACUACGUCUACCAGAGGGGCAAACCCGUGGACUACUUUGUUCUCAUCCUGCAGGGCCGAGUGGAAGUGGAGGCUGGAAACGAGAACAUGAAGUUUGAGACCGGACCUUUCUCUUUCUACGGCGUGAUGGCGCUCAGUGCUCCCACACUAGAGUUCCGUUCUCCGUCUCACCUCAGCGGGUUGAACCGCACGGCGUCUCUGAGCGGAGCGGACCGGACCGAGUCGCUCUCCGUCAGCGGCAGCAACAGCCAGCUCAACAACAGCUUCACCUCGCAGCAGUACACGCCCGACUUCUACGUGCGCGCCCUCAGCGACCUGCAGUUCGUUAAGAUCACACGGACUCAGUACCAGAACGGCCUGAUGGCGUCCCGUCUGGACAGCACGCCUCAGUCCCCGGAGAGCGGCCACAACGCGGUUACCCUGGAUCAGACCGACCCCCCCGCCAGCGCCAACGCCACCGCCGUCACGUACCUGGCCUCGGACUCCACCGCGACGGAGAACGGGCCGGACGAGACCACGCUCCUCCUCCUCAACGAGCAGAACUCACCGCACACAGCCAACCACCACGGCCAGCUGGAACACAACAUUUGACCCCCCCCCCCAACCCCACGUUUGCACGCAUGCACAGCUACGCUCGGAUAUAUGCUGAUGAGGAGGAGAGGAGGAGUGUGUGUGUUGGUGUGUGUGUUGGUGUGUGUGUGAGAAUGGGAAUGCAGACAAAUGCCAGGGCCAGGCCCGGAGAAACAAGCCAUGUGCACGCAUAUCGUUGAAUAUGCAAGAAUUGAACACUACAGACAUGCACGCAGACAAACCAAAAUGCAUCCUGGGAACUCUCCUUGUACACUUUUCACAUAAAGAGACUCGCCAAACCACAGAACUCAUCUAGUUCACCGAAAUCAAAAGGAUAUCUGCAUCUGUGCACGUGUGUGUGUGUGUGUGUGUGUGUGUGUGUGUGUGUGUGUGUGUGUGUGUGUGUGUGUGUGUGUGUGUGUGUGUGUGUGUGUGUGUGUGUGUGUGUGUGUGUGUGUGUGUGUGUGUGUGUGUGUGUGUGUGUGUGUGUGUGUGUGCGUGCGUGCGUGCGUGCGUGCGUGCGUGCGUGUUUGUGUGUGUUCGCGUUCUCCUCGUGUUUUAACUGACGACAAAGAUCUGAAGGACCUGCUUCUUUGGACCAGAAGGCUCCUCCCCUCUCUUGUGAGAUUCGUCCUCAAUUUGUUUGUGUGUUUUUACGUGUGUGUCUUUGUGUGUGUGUGUUUGGUGUGUGUGUGGUCCCUAGUCAGACUCAGGGAGACUCUCCCUAGUACGGACAUGCAAGUGCAGCAGUGGAACGCCCUCACAGCUAGAAGACUAAAGACGACCCGGCAUGUCAGCGGAGCUCAAAUAACUAAUAUAUGAUCCAUAGACAUUUAUAGUCAGAUAUUUAUUCCUCAAAUCAAGUGUGAGACUGACACACAAGACUCCUACUGACUCUGUUUGCCUUCGGGUAUAGGGGAGGGGGGGUGGGGGAGGGAAUCGGGGGAGUGUGGGUGGAUUUCUACAAGAAAAGAAAUAUACACGCAUAUUUAUAUGUGAUGUGUAUUUAUAUAUAUAUAUAAAUUCCUUCUUGUUUCCUGUAAUGAAGCAGAAAGUAGCCCAGAGCCUUUAUCCCCCGAGUCGGUGGGAGAUUCAGCGAUAGACUGUAAUUGUGAUUAAGACAAUCAACAUGAUGAAUGUGUUCAAUGUGUAGGGUACGUUAACUGUGGCAGCCCCCCCCCCCCCCCCCCCCCCCCCCGGGUCACCUGACCUCUGACCUGAUGACAGAUCCUAAAAGAGGAGAUGGCAGAUUCAAGACAAAUUAAGUUUUUAUAGAGGUGAAAAAUGUUUGAUUUACUUUAUGAGAAACGGUGGUUUGUGUGUCUGUGUGUGUGUAUGUGUGUGUGUGAGACCAAAAUGGCCAUCAGCAGACUUGGCGGGAACAGAAACCAAAAGAGGGAACCUUGAUCGCCUCGUGACUAGAAAAUACUAUAAGAAAUCUGAGAUUUUAUUUAUUUGGUCGAACGUGUGUGUAAAUAUAUAUUUUUGUCGACGAGCUGGGGAGAGAAAUCAGAUUUUUAUUUUGCCUCAUUGUGAGAUUUUACGUGUUCCAUGUUCUUUUUGCAUUCAGUGGUUAUGUUUGGGGUUUUUUAAUCGGUUCUGGGGGAAGGGGUCACUCUCGCUUAAUGAGCAGCGACUUGACCGUGAGUCGUGGUUUUGUGUUUCUGCAGCUGAGCACACAACUCAACUCUGAUAACUUUGUCACUUUAAUUGGAAAAUAAUGUGUCUUAUUUCACAAAGAAUGGGUUAUUUCUUUUAUUUUUUAUUCUUCUGCUCACACUCCAGUUGACUGUACAAUCUGCUGAGAUUUUAAAUUGAACUUUAUCCCCAAGAAAUCUCACACAUCAUGUGUCAUGUAAUAGAUUCCUCUGAUUUCAGAGCCACAGAUAUUAGAUAUAUUUAUAAUUAAAUGUUUUCAGUGAUAUACAACAUGAGAAAUAAACCAUACAUCGAG